AUUAACCCGGGAGGCGGCGGCGGGGAGGGGAGAGGCUCUGAGAGGCGAGGCCGGGUGCGGCGGCGAGGGCGUCCCAACGGGCGCGGGACGGGACGGGGCAACGCGGGCGCCAGGAGAAGCGGCCCGGAGUUGGGGCGCCUUGCCCCGGGCCCCCCAGCAUGAAGACCCCGGCGGACACAGGGUUUGCCUUCCCAGAUUGGGCCUACAAGCCGGAGUCAUCCCCUGGCUCCAGGCAGAUCCAGCUGUGGCACUUUAUCCUGGAGCUGCUUCGGAAAGAGGAGUACCAGGGCGUCAUCGCCUGGCAGGGGGACUACGGGGAGUUUGUCAUCAAGGACCCCGAUGAAGUGGCCCGCCUCUGGGGGGUCCGAAAGUGUAAACCCCAGAUGAACUAUGACAAGCUGAGCCGGGCUUUGCGCUAUUAUUACAACAAGCGCAUUCUGCACAAGACCAAGGGGAAACGGUUCACCUACAAGUUCAACUUCAACAAACUGGUGCUGGUUAAUUACCCUUUCAUCGAUGUGGGGCUGGCUGGGGGUGCAGUUCCCCAAAGCGCCCCUCCAGUGCCAUCGGGCGGCAGCCAUUUCCGAUUCCCUCCCUCAACACCCUCCGAGGUGCUGUCCCCCACCGAGGAUCCCCGAUCUCCACCGGCUUGUUCUUCAUCCUCCUCCUCUCUCUUCUCUGCUGUGGUUGCGCGACGCCUGGGCCGAGGCUCAGUCAGUGACUGUAGUGACGGCACCUCAGAGCUGGAGGAGCCUCUGGGAGAGGACCCCAGGGCACGACCACCUGGCCCUCCGGAGCUGGGUGCCUUCCGAGGGCCCCCCCUGGCCCGCCUCCCGCAUGACCCUGGUGUCUUCCGUGUCUAUCCUCGGCCCCGGGGUGGUCCUGAGCCCUUAAGUCCCUUCCCUGUGUCACCUUUGGCUGGGCCUGGCUCCCUUCUACCCCCUCAGCUCUCCCCAGCUCUGCCCAUGACUCCCACCCACCUGGCCUACACGCCCUCACCCACGCUGAGUCCUAUGUACCCCAGUGGUGGCGGGGGCCCUAGUGGCUCAGGGGGAGGUUCCCACUUCUCCUUCAGUCCCGAGGACAUGAAACGGUACCUGCAGGCCCACACCCAAAGCGUCUACAACUACCACCUCAGUCCCCGCGCCUUCCUGCACUACCCAGGGCUGGUGGUGCCGCAGCCUCAGCGCCCUGACAAGUGCCCACUGCCGCCCAUGGCUCCGGAGACCCCGCCGGUCCCCUCCUCAGCCUCGUCUUCCUCUUCCUCCUCUUCAUCCCCGUUCAAGUUUAAGCUGCAGCCACCCCCGCUAGGACGCCGGCAGCGGGCAGCUGGAGAGAAGGCUCCAGGAGGCACAGACAAGAGCAGUGGCUGCAGUGGCUCGGGUGGGCUGGCUGAGGGGGCAGGCGCGUUAGCCCCCCCACCGCCUCCACCCCAGAUUAAGGUGGAGCCCAUCUCAGAAGGCGAGUCGGAGGAGGUGGAGGUGACUGACAUCAGUGAUGAAGAUGAGGAAGAUGGGGAGGUGUUCAAGACCCCCCGUGCCCCGCCCGCUCCCCCCAAGCCAGAGCCGGGAGAGGCACCAGGGGCGGCCCAAUGCAUGCCCCUUAAACUGCGCUUUAAGCGGCGCUGGAGUGAAGACUGUCGCCUGGAGGGGGGCGGGUGCCUGUCUGGGGGCCCUGAGGAUGAGGGUGAGGACAAGAAGGUGCGUGGGGACAUGGGCCCCGGGGAGCCUGGGGGACCCCUUACCCCACGACGGGUGAGCUCUGACCUCCAGCAUGCCACAGCCCAGCUCUCGCUGGAGCACCGAGAUUCCUGAGAGCUGUGGACACAGGCCCCGUGCGCCACCCCUACCCACCCCACUCCCUGAGCUUUUGCUGCCUUAACCGCCCCCCCCCCAAAGCCCCGGAGGUGAGGACAGCUCUCUUUAGUCUCUUCCUGCCUCCUCCCUUUCUCCUCCCCCACAUUUUGUAUAAAACUGAAUUUUUUUUUAAUGGUAGGGUGGGUGGGUGCCCAGAGAUGGGGGCUAAUCUACUCCUCAUCUCUGGGUUUCUAAGUUCUGGGCAAAGUGGUGGUGGGGGGUGGGAGGGGGUGUUAAGGGGGGGCACCUCCAUUCUGGGGAUUUCUAUUUGAACAGAGGCUUUGGCCUUCAAACCCAGGAACUUUUUUAUUACAAUCGUAGGAAGUAAAGCCGUGUCUCCCUCCCUCUUCUCUGCCUCUUACCUCGUCCUCCCCCCUCCGUGCCCCUCUCCCACCCCUAACCCUGCCUUCCUUGCCCCUCCAGGGGCUGUGAGUGCCUGGGUUUCUUAUACCCCACAAGGUUGCAGCAGGGGCAGGAGGGACAAAUUUUAUAAACCAAAAAUUCUGUGGGGGGUGGUGGGGUAGGAGGCAGAGGAAGGUGAGGGGUGCCGCCUGUGGGCCACAAAUCUCUACAAGUGCCUGUCCCUACACCGCCCAGUACUGGUCCAGUCCCUUCACGCCCACCCCUGCUGCUCCUAGGUCUGGCCCAUGGGCAGGUGGGUCAGGGGACAGGAAGAGGGGGUUGUCUCUCAAAACCAAACUGGAAGCCCCUCUCUGCCUCCCAGCUGGGGCCCCAGGGGUGGCCUGGAGGGCUGCGGUCAAGCCUUAUUCUGUAUUGGGAAUGGAGGGUGGGGUGGGACAUGAGGGGGCUGCUGGAGAAUGUAUUCAAAACAAUAAAACUUUGGACCUUUGCAAGUGGUAAUCUAUUCCUAGUGCUGCGUGCAGCCACUGUAUCAACACAGACUUGGUUUAAUUCUGGACAGGUCUAGACACCUGCUUCCAUCUGUGGCCAGGAGGCUUGACUCCACCCGAACAGGUCAACUAGGCCUGGGGAGUUAUUGGCCUACUUUCAGAUGUCACAAACCUCAGAGCUGAUGAUUAAGGUUUCUGGCUUUCCUUAGUCUUGCCUUUCCUUGACUGGUUCCUUAUCAUCCCAUCUGCCUCUAGGACCCUUAACAUGGCCCUGCUGUUCCUGGUUCUCCUACCUGAAUAGCUUUUGCCCUCCAGCUCUGACUGCUAAGCCACCACCCCCAUCAGGUCCCCUGGGAAGGAAGGGUCACGGAUUUUGAGUCCUCCCCAUCUCCCUCCAAUGUACUUGGAGGAGGCUUUAGUGGUCCACACCUGUAAUCCUCCCAGCACUUGAGGUAGGAAGUUCAAAGUUGAGGCCUGGACCAUGUGAAAGGGAAGUGUGAUGUUAUCCUGCUCGGGAUCCUUUGACCGUGAGGCUUGUAGUGUCUUGAAAUGCAGCCCUUGGGCUGCAGAGAUGCUCGACUCUGUGUUCAAGGGCACUUCUGCUCUUCAGAGAACUUCGUCUGUUCCUCAUGUGGGGUGGCUUGUGACAGCUUCAGUCCCAGGGGAAGGAGCUUCUGGUAAGCGCUCAUUGGCAUACGGUCUGUCACUCAGACACAUUCAUAAAGAUCUUUUGAGAAAU